AUGACGCCAUCAGUGAGGAAAGAUGAGCAGUGUCGGGCAUUUGUGAAGAGAGUCAUAAUGAGUCGUCUCUUUCAGAUCAUUAUGAUGAGCACCAUCUCACUGAAUGCCUUUUUCAUGGUCUUAUGGACCAGUUAUAAAAUAAGAUACCACUUGUUCAGAGUUUUGGAGAUCUCGGAGAUCAUCUUUGUGUCCAUCUACAGCUCUGAGUUUUCCAUGAAAGUCUAUGUGGACCCCCUUGACUACUGGAAGGAUGGCUACAACCUGCUGGACGUGGUCAUCAUUAUCAUCAUCUUCAUCCCCUAUGCCCUCCACGAGAUCAAGGGGAAACACUACCCCCACCUGCACAUUGCUGACGGCAUGCAGUCCCUGCGCAUCCUCAAGCUCAUCCCCUAUAGUCGGGGCAUCCGGAGGCUCAUCACUGCCGUGGGGCAGACAGUCUACACUGUGGCCUCUGUGCUCCUCCUGCUCUUCAUCCUGAUGUACAUCUUUGCCGUCUUGGGCUUCUGCCUGUUUGGAGUUCCAGAGGGGGGUGACCACGAUAACUGGGGGAAUCUGGCUGCAGCUUUCUUCACCCUCUUCAGUUUGGCCACGGUCGAUGGCUGGACAGACCUGCAGGAGCAGUUGGACAAUCGGGAUUUUGCUGUGAGCCGGACGUUCACCAUCAUCUUCAUCUUGCUUGCCUCUUUCAUCUUCCUUAGCAUGUUCGUGGGCGUGAUGAUCAUACACACUGAGGACUCCAUCAGGAAGUUUGAGCGGGAGCUGAUGCUGGAGAGGCACACGGCGCUCAUGGAAGAGAAGCAGGUGAUGCUGAGGCGGCAGCAGGAGGAGGUCAGCAGGCUGAUGCAGACACAGAAAAAUGCUGAGUACAAAAGUUUCGAUGAGCUGGUGGAGAAGUUUAAGAGAACCCUGCGGCACAGGGACCCCAUGGUCUUGAACGAUUUUGGCACUAGCAUACCCUUCGUCAACGUCUACUUCUCCACUCUGGAUAACCAGGAUGCCACUAUGUGCAAGCUGCAGGAGCUGUACUAUGAGAUCGCGCACAUGCUGGGCCUGAUGCUCGAAGACUUGCCCCAGAAGAGGCAGGACCAGUCCUCGGAAGAGCUCUAUGAGAUGUAG